AUGGCUGUGCUUCAGGAGUGUCUUGUCACAGCUGGGGUCAGCCUGGCAAGGCUGGAGGCUGUCAGCCACCUGGGCUGCCACGCAGUGUCGGGGGCAGCCAAGUCGCCGCGAGCCGCCCUGCUGGACCCGCCACCCUUUGACCCCUCCAAGCUCAGUGUGGAGUACCUGCCCGGCAGCCGCGGGGCGGCGGUGACUGCGGGCCGCCGCUACACGCUGACCCACAACGACGUCACCGGCAGCCUGCAGCUGUCGAUAGGCCACGAGUACAACCGGCGGCAGCUGGAUGGCUGGUACACGCGCAUCCUGCGGGACGAGAUCCUGGCGGAGUGGCAGGACACGCCCACGCCCGCCCCCCCCAGCAGCGGCAGUAGCCCCGCCGCCACAGGCAGCGGCAGCGACGCCGACGAGUGCCCCGCAAGGAGCGGCGGCGGCGCGGUGCCCUCCCUGCACGUCUACUGCCACGUCAGCGGGGAGGAGCUGUGGCCCGCGCCGCCCCAGCUGCGCGCCUUCAUCUUCCGCCGCGAGAUGGCGCUGGUGCUGGACACCAUCACCCACGCCGAGGCGGCGGCGCUGGUGGCGGCACCCCGCCUGCGCGCCGCCCCCGUGUACGUGCACCUGCGCAGCGACGUGCCGGCGCUGGACCGGGUGGUGGAUGGGGACGGCGGCGCGCCCGGCGGCGCGACGUGCGGCGCGCGCUGGGACGGCGGCGCCAGCUGGGAUGGCGAGGACGGCGGAGACGCCCGCGCCAGCGCAGCCCAGCAGCAGCAGCAGCAGCAGCAGCAGCCACGCCAGCCGCCGUUGGCGGCAGCAGCAGCCGAUGCGCCGGUCGCCCUCAACGCCAGCAUGGCGGCGCCCGCUUCCCAGCUGCCGGCCUCCAGCCAGCCAUGCGCCCCGAUGGCUGUAGGCAGCUCCUUGGCCGGCGGCGGCAGCACCAGCUCUGAGGGCAGCGCUGGCAGCGUUAGCGCCCUGGGCGCCGCCAAUGGCGCGGUCAGCUUGCUGGCCGACUGCCCCAGCUGGCUGAGCGCCGGCGCGGUGGCGGCAGAUGGCAGGCAGCGAGCAGCAGCCGAAGCGGUGCCCAUAGUCGCCAGCAACCGCAGCAGGCAGCGGUAG